AUGCAGCUGCAGGUGCAAUUGGCCAACUUUCUGCUGGACAAUCUGGUUCAGUCGCGCAUCGGUUUCGUUCUAUUCUUUCAUUGCUGGCAGCAACAUGAAAUUCGGGACUUUGCUCAGCAAUUCAUGAAGCCCCUCCAUCAGCACCUCAUCUACCAUCAGUUUCUGCAAAUGCACGCCGUUCGGGACUGGGAGGAUCUGGAGUUGCGAUUCCUGGGCCAUUUGCAGCCCACUCUGGCGAUCUAUGUAGAUAUGAAGUGCCACAAGGCAGCAGGAUUACUAGAGGAGGCCAGUCGGGAGCAGCUGUACAAUCAGCAUUACCAUUGGCUGCUGCACGGGAAUGAAUCCGAAGUGGGUUUCUACGAUUUCUUCUCCCCCUUCAACAUUUCAAUCGAUGCCGAUGUUAGCUACGUGAAGGAGGAGCCUCCAAGCUCGGAUUACAAUGCCUCUGCAGUGGUCUAUGCCACCUACGAUGUCUACAGCAAUGGGAGGAUCAUUGGCGGCCAGCUGAAUCUGACGGCAAACUAUGCCUGCGGCUGUGACCUGAGUGGUUGUCAGAGGAUGCGAUACCUGAGCCCGUUGCAUCUACGUUCCAAGUACGGGAAUCGGGAGCAGCUCACGGAUGUGGUGCUCAGAGUGGCUACGGUGGUGACCCAACGUCCUCUCUACUGGUCGGAGGAUCAACUGGUUUUGUUUCUGAGUCAGGAGAACGACACACACAUUGACUCGCUGGCGCGAUUCGGCUUUCAUCUGACUCUGAUCCUUCGGGAUCUGUUGCACUGCCAAAUGAAGUUCAUCUUCGUGGACAGCUGGAGCAAAUCAGAUGUGGUUGGCGGAGCUGUGGGCGCCGUGGUCGACCAGACGGCUGACAUCACAGCCACACCCUCGCUGGCGACGGAGGGGCGGCUCAAGUAUCUGUCGGCCAUCAUUGAGACUGGCUUCUUUCGCUCGGUCUGCAUCUUCCGCACGCCACACAACGCGGGCCUCCGCGGUGAUGUGUUCCUGCAGCCGUUCAGUCCGCUCGUGUGGUAUCUAUUUGGUGGAGUUCUGUCCCUGAUCGGACUCCUGCUCUGGGUGACCUUCUACAUGGAGUGCAAGCGGAUGCGUCGCCGCUGGCGGCUCGACUACCUACCCUCGCUGCUGACCACCUUCCUGAUCAGCUUUGGGGCCGCCUGCAUCCAGAGCUCGGCGCUGAUACCCCGCUCCAAUGGCGGCCGGCUGAUCUACUUUGCCCUCUUCCUGAUCAGCUUCAUCAUGUACAACUACUACACAUCUGUGGUGGUGUCCUCGCUGCUGAGUUCUCCGGUCAAGUCCAAGAUCAAGACAAUGCAACAGCUGGCGGAGAGCCAGCUGACAGUGGGCCUGGAGCCAUUGCCCUUUACCAAGAGCUAUCUGAAUUACUCCAGACGUUCCGAUAUCCAUCUGUUCAUAAAACGCAAGAUCGAGUCGCAGUCGAAGAAUCCCGAUCUUUGGCUGCCCGCCGAAGAGGGAGUGCUUCGGGUCAGGGACAAUCCCGGCUAUGUCUAUGUCUUUGAGACAUCCUCGGGGUAUGCCUAUGUGGAGCGCUACUUUACGGCCCAGGAGAUCUGUGACCUCAACGAGAUACUGUUCCGACCCGAGCAACUGUUCUACACGCACCUGCAUCGCAACUCCACCUACAAGGAGCUGUUUCGUCUAAGACUGUUGCGUGUCUUGGAAACGGGUGUCUACCGGAAGCAGCGCAGCUACUGGGUCCACAUGAAGCUCCAUUGCGUGGCCCAGAACUUUGUGAUUACCGUGGGCAUGGAGUACGUUGCCCCGCUACUCCUGAUGCUGAUCUUUGGCUACAUCCUGGUCGUGUUCAUCCUCCUGCUGGAGCUCGCCUGGCAGCGCUAUCUCAACCGGACCAAGCGACUCACUCUUUAAAAUCCCUUUAAGCUGCUAUUCAGAACUACACAGAUAUAUAUAUAUA